AUGGGUCGCUCGCUCGCCAAGAAGGGCGGGAGCGCCAAGAAGAAGGGUGGGCACGCGGACUGGAUGGACGACGAGAUUGACGACGCCAACCGCCUGCGCUCCAAGGACAAAAUCGGCUUCGACGCCUCCGACUCGGAGGAGGAGGAUCCGGACGCUGACCUCGACACCGAGGCCGUCAUGGACAUCGGCGGCGACUCGGACGAUGACUCCGAUGCCGAUUCCGAUGAGGAGGAGGAAGAUGCAGAGGAGGAGGAGGAGGACGACGACGACGACGACGAUGAGGGCGACGACGACGACGACGACGACGACGACCUGGGUUCCGACGACGACGAGGACGAGGCGGCGCUGAUCCGCGCGAUGAAGGCGCAGCAGAAGAAGCUCGCCUCCAAGGGCGUCAAGCGCGGCGGUCAGGACGAUUCGUCCUCCGACGAGGAGGAAGAGGAAGAGGACGACGGCCUGCGCAUCAAGGGCCGCAAGAAGGCCGACUUCUACGGCGACGAGGAGGUGGACCACGAGGGCAUGAGCGACGAGGACGAGCGACGAGACGAGGAGAGGGAGGCGCGCAGGCUGCAGCAGGCGCGCGCGGCGGGAAUGAGCGCCGCGGACUUCGGCCUCUCCGAUGACGAGGACGACUCCGAAGACGACGAAUCCGACUCUGAGCCCGAGGAGGAGGCCACGCUGGGCGCCAAGGCGGCCAAGCUCAGCGCCAAGGGCAAGAAGGCUGAGAAGGAGUCGCUCAAGAAGGUCAAAAAGAACGUCGCGUCCCUCGGCGCGGCGGUGGAGUCCCUGGGCUGCGAGGAGCUCGAGGCGGCCGAAGGUGCGGACGCGGAGACCGGUGACUCCCCCGAGGUGGUCGCGCUGACCAAGGAGCUCACCAAGAAUCUGGACGAGGUGCGGAACACGAUUGAGCCGCUGUGCAAGUUUGUCCGUGAGGGCAACAUGGUGACCAAAGAGGGCAUCUCCUACCUCGACACCAAGCACCUGCUGAUGCUGUCUUACUGCAUCAACAUCGCGUUCUACUUGCUCCUCAAGGCGGAGGGUAGGCCCGUGAAGGACCAUCCGGUGGUGUUGAGGCUAGUGGAGAUCAGGACCUACAUCGAGAAGCUCAGGCCCAUCGACAAGAAGCUCAAGUACCAGAUUGACAAGCUCCUCAAGAUGGCAAAGGAGGGCGUCACCGGCGAGGAAGAGGACGCCGACGGCGCCGGCGAGGAUCCCCUGCAGUUCAGGCCCAACCCCGACGCGCUCGUCAGCAAGGUGGACGAGGAUGCCGAGGAGGGCGCCGACGGCGGCGUGUACCGCCCGCCCAAGAUGAUGCCCACCGCCAUGGAGGAAUUCGAGGAGGGCGGCAAGAGCUCCAAGCAGAAGCGGGCGGAGAAGGAGGCCAGGAGGAGGGCGCAGCGCUCCUCCCUCAUCAAGGCGACCGGUCGCGAGACCACAUGGCGUACACAAAUCGUACCAGACCUUGGGCAGGAACUGAUUCUUUUCGCAACGACGCAGGAACUCGCGCAAGAGCUCGGGGAGGCUCCCGAGGAGCUAGGCGGCGACGAGGGCGACAUGCAGAGCGCCUUCGCCAAGCGCGAAUUCGCCCGCAUGGAAGCCCGCGCCAAGAUCGAGGAGGACCUGUUCACGCGCGUGCCCCUCUCCAAGGUUGAGCGCAGGCGCCAGAAGGCCACCACUCGGUCCGUCAACUCGCUCUCGCAGGUUGGCGACUUUGGCGACGACGUGGCCGACCUCGUGGAGGUUGCCGAGGAGCUCGAGAACAAGAAGCGCACCAGGCUCGUGGACUCCGUGACACAGCUGGGCGCUAAGCCCAAGAAGGCAAAGGCGACGAGCGGCGACGCGGACCUCCCCAUGCGCGAUUCCCUCGGGGAUCGCCGCGACAAGUACGAGCGCGGCGUCAACAGGAAGAUGGCCGCCAAGGCCAGGGAGGAGGAGGAGGCUGCCGACCGGGAGGCUGCGCGCGAGAGGCGCCGCGUGGACGAGGACGAGGAAUACGCGGGCGCGGCUACCCUCCGCGACCGCAAGCGCGCCGCCAAGGAGGAGAAGUACCGCCGCCAGGCUGGCAUCAUCGCGCCGCUCGAGGAGGAGAUCGGCGACUUCGACAAGCGCCACGUGGGCAAGAAGAUCAUGGAGAACCGCGGUCUCACCCCUCACAGGAGCAAGGACCACAAAAACCCGAGGAAGAGGCUUCGGGACAAGUUCGCCAAGGCGCAGAUCAGGCGCAAGGGACAGGUGCGGUCCAUGCGCGAGGACGGCGGCGGGUACGCGGGCGAGGCGACGGGUAUCAAGACCUCCGUCUCCAAGUCCAGGCGGUUCGGGAAGUGA